AUGAGACAACAGCAUCAACCUUUCCAUAGAUACGCUGAAUCCCACGGGUGGCAGCUUGAUAUAAUGCUGCAUAAAAAUUCUCUUGCUGUGAGUUUGAGAAGGAAGUUAAACGAGGCUGCUAAAGCAGGAAAUAUAGAUGGCUUGUACGAUGUAAUCGGGAGGGAUCCAUACAUUUUAGACCGAAUCAGUGAAAUUCCGUUCGUCGACACUCCGGUACACGUAGCUGUAACAUCGGGGCAUGUCUAUUUCGCGAUGGAGGUUAUGAAUUUGAAGUCAUCAUUUGCCAGGAAGCUGAACAAAGAUGGCUAUAGCCCGGUUCACUUGGCAUUGCAAAACGAGAGAACCCUGCUUUGUCUCUUGGACAGGGAUAAAGAUCUUAUUCGAGUCAAAGUUUGUUCCGAAUCUAUACAUGACUUGACGAUUCGGGACAAGACUGCUUUGCAUGUUGCUGCUAAUAACGACAAACUCGAAGCUCUUCGCGUCCUCGCGCAAUUGCUUCGACGGACCUAUUUGUACAGCUCCUCUACCGGGAAAAAGCUAUUGAAUUGGAAAGACAAGGAUGGCAACACUGUACUGCACGUUGCUGCAUACAAUAAUCAACCUAAGUUGGAUGUCAUACAAGAACUUCAAUUCCCAGACGGGGCUUCAAAGAGAGAUGUUACGCGGAUUCUACUCAAUGCCGAAGCUUUGAAUGCUUCCUCGACUCCAAGACCUCAACACUUACACGAACGAUUACGGUCGAUUAUUACAUUCACCGAAAGAGCUUUCGGCAAAGAGCUUUUGGGUAACAGUAAUAAUAGCUUUUUUCACAAAAUCCCUGAAACUGUGGCUGUUUCUGAAUCAUUGCUUUCUUUAUUUGGUAACAAGAUUGGUUUUGCUUUUCAUUUUUGA